GAUAUUUUUUAAAUAAUAGAAGCUUAAGACUAAGAAAUCAGGAUGUGCCAGUCUAGAAUGUUAGAAAUCCGUGAUAUGUUACGAAUGAUAUGUACAUUUACUGUACGCUAACUCCGACGACGUUUGCGACAAUACGACACGAUGCACAAUGGACGCACCGGAUGCAGCAAGUUCUGUAAACGGGCGAGCAUCGUUUCUCAGGUGGAGAACGGGCGAGAGCAUUGAGAGAACAAGCCCAUUUUGCUGUGUAUCUUCUCACAUUGUUCCGUUCGCCACCUGGUGGUAUAAGUAAAGUGAUUAAUGCGGCGGCAACGAGAGCGAACAGUUCGUUCUGAGCUGCAACGAGACGCGCGACGUCUACGAAGUGUCAUACGCCGUAUAUGCACUUCGUUAACCGCGCGAAAUUCCAUCCGGAUUCUACAUGAGCGGAUGUCAUGCUGCAUAUUGGCAUAGAAGACCUGGAAACCUUUUUCAGGCUUUCAUUUAAGCGCAAGGAGCACAGCAGCAGGCGGGAACACCGCGAAUCCUUGAGCGGUGCUCUACCUGCGAAGUUUAUACGAGCUACAACGGUGAAGCCGCAUACGCUGAGCCCGCGUUGGAACGAGAAGUUCCGUUUCGACAUCGAUGACGUCAACACGGACAUCCUCCACCUGGACAUAUGGUGAGUUUGCAUUAAAUACGUACUAAUUUUUUCUUA